CAUCUCAACUGUUCACUUCCUCAAGUUACUGACAUGUCUGGACGUGGCAAAACCGGCGGCAAGGCCAGGGCAAAGGCUAAGACUAGGUCCUCUCGUGCAGGACUCCAGUUUCCAGUCGGUAGAGUCCACAGACUUCUACGCAGAGGCAAUUAUGCUCAGCGUGUGGGUGCCGGCGCACCGGUCUACUUGGCGGCCGUUCUCGAAUACUUGACUGCUGAAAUCUUGGAGUUGGCCGGCAACGCCGCCCGCGACAACAAGAAGACAAGGAUCAUCCCCCGCCACCUGCAGUUGGCUGUCCGGAAUGACGAGGAGCUCAACAAACUUCUCGGCGGUGUCACAAUCGCACAGGGCGGCGUGUUGCCUAACAUCCAGGCUGUACUUCUUCCUAAGAAGACCGAGAAGGCUGGCAAAACCAAAUAAGUUGUGGCUAUCUUAA